UCGCCUGCUUUCUAUUUUGUCUCCCACCUCCACCUCCGCCUCGCGAGAUCUCCAACUCCAAUGGCGCCGGCCGCCUAAACCUAGCCCCUCCCAACAACCCAGUUGCGCCGGCGACGACCACCAGCGCGGCGGCCAUGUCUACGGAUCGAGAGAAGGAGCGGGAGGCGGAGCUGGAGGGCGCCAUGUACACAAACUGCCUACUCCUCGGCCUUGAUCCCGCCGUCCUCGGCUCUCCCGCCGCCGCUGCCUCCCCUCGCGUCGGCCUCUUCCGCCACUCCAACCCUCGCCUCGGCGAGCAGCUCCUCUACUUCCUCCUAUCAUCCCUACGCGGCCCCGCACAGUCCGCCAAGGACUUCGACAAGGUGUGGCCGAUCUUUGAUUCCGCGCAGUCCAGGGAGUUCCGCAAGAUCGUUCAAGGUAUUAUUAGCGAGCUGGAGCAGCAGGGAGCGCUGCCAAGGAGCAACUCCAGAGUUUCGUCGCUUGCCACCUGCUGCGGGCCGAGAUUUGUUGAGCUUUUAUGGCAACUCUCUGUACACGCCUUGAGGGAGGUCCACAGGAGAACAUUUGCGGCUGAUGUAGCAUCAAAUCCUUUGCCAGCUGCACUCACAGAUGUUUCUUAUCUUCACGCAGCUGCAUUACUUCCUGUAACGAAGGCAAGGAUAGCUCUUGAGAGGCGUAAAUUUCUAAAAAAUGCAAAUAUUGCUGUUCAAAGGCAAACAACCUGGUCAAAUUUAGCCCAUGAAAUGACAGCUGAAUUCCGAAGUCUAUGUGCUGAAGAGGCAUAUCUGCAACAGGAGUUAGAGAAGCUGCAAGAUAUGAGAAACAAAGCUAAGCUGGAGGGUGAAUUGUGGGAUGAACGUAUCUCGACCUCGUCUGGACAAAAUUCACAUUUGGUAUCUAAGGCAACCCGUUUGUGGGAAUCAAUAUUGGCUCGUAAAGGCCAGCAUGAGGUCUUAGCUUCCGGGCCAAUUGAAGAUCUUAUAGCACAUCGUGAGCAUAGGUACCGUAUAUCUGGAUCACAAUUGCUAGCAGCAAUGGAUACGAGUUCAAGUGUUCCACAUUCAGAAUUACUAUCAGCUCGAGCUGGUGAAUCUCAAAUGUUGGACAAGCAGGAGCAGAUAUCUCUAUUCCAGGGAAAGGAAGAAGCCCUUUCAAGAUUAGAUGAUAGAAAUGGGCGUACCCAACAAACUGUUGAUGUAGCUGAAAUUCUUCGACGUUGGACUCACGCUUUGCAGCGUAUUCAUAAACAGUCCCUUCAUUUGGCCAAAGCAAAUGAUGGGGAGGGGCCAGAAUUACUCCGCAGUGCGUCUGACGGUGAAGCUAGUACCCAUGCCGACUCAUUAACUGCAACACUGGCUGAACAUCGCCAGCAUUUAGUCAGUAUACAGGGCCUAAUUAAUCAACUAAAGGAAGCUAUUCCAGCAAUGCAGCAGUCAAUUACUGAUCUUUCAGAGGAAGUGAAUAGUGUACCUAGUAAUCCAGUGGAUCAAACAAACUCCAGACAAUUGUUGUCUGGGCAAAAUACAGUGUUUGUAAGACCAGAAGAAAGCAGCAGUGAAGUUUCAGAGAUGACUUCUAAGCUUUCUUCUACACACAUCGACAAGGCUGGCAGUAGUCCUGCUCUAAAGUUACCUCCUUUAUUUAGUCUGACUCCAAGUUCUUCUGGCAAAGGAACACAGACACAAAGACGGAAUGCACUAGCACGCCAACCUAGUCAAGAAAUUCUGCCUCAAGAGAAAACACUUGUCCUCCCUUCCACCAAAGAUCAAGGAAACGGUUCAAUUCAUGAAAAUUAUGGUUAUUUUGCUCAUGAUAUCAGACGUUCUGUUCGUGAAGCUGCUCUAUCAAAGCCAUUGAGCAACACGGAGAGUCCUCAGGACGAUAGUAGUGAUGAUGGUUCAGAGCACUUUUUCAUUCCCCUGUCAUCAGGUACUUCGAGGAAGGAUGUGGGUGCUGUGGGAAAUCGAAGAAAACAAAAAAUAGUUAUAUCAUCAUCACAGACAAAGUUACCCAAGAGCACAAGUGAUCAGUACUUCAAUUCUGACAGCCCAAUUCAUACAACUUCAGCCCUGUCAAGUGCUGGAAACUUUUUUGAUCCACUCAGUAGUAGUCAAUCAUUUAUGACAGAUGAUGCUCUUGAUCAAUUAUUCUCUCCACCACUUCUGUUGGAGUCUUCAUUAUUUCACGACGCAUACGAGGACUUGCUUGCACCAUUAUCAGAAACUGAUGCAGCUUUAAUGGAACAUUAGGCUUCACAUGUACACUAUGCAAUACUUUAACCACUGCCUGAAGCUUCAGCGCUUAACUGCAGCCUAGAGGCACGGAUGGUGGGCAUAUACGGGGUGAAUUCUUGGGAAUUAUUUUGCUGGUUGAGUUGCAUGCCAGUUGCCACUAGCUCGUGAGAGGAUGCCUCUGCCUCUGAAGGUGGACGAUUCUAUUUGGAGAGAGAAGGGCGUAUAGAGGUGAUAUAGAUGUCUGGGAUGGUGUGACGUACCAACUACCAGUGUGCACAGUAAGAAAAUGCUAGAUCUUGUGUAUUUAGUAUACAGCAUCUGUAUUUGUAUUGUAGUAAUUUUAUCCACUUAUUCAAGUGCCUGUUUUGAUGCCAUUGUGCCAAUUGUUAUGCUGAGUGUUCCUCCAUAUAUUUAGGACUGUCAGGUUAUUAGCAUUUGCUGGUCUGUGGAAGUUGUUGUUUUAUUGUUGUUGAAGGAACUCUGCUAGUACCAGAGGAUUGAAAUCCCGAGUAGCAAGGGUAGUGUACAUAUGCGCUCCUUCAAAUCUUGGGAAGUUUGUUUCCUUA